AUGGCAGCGAGUCUAUUGAAACUUGGAUCUGAUGUCGAGGAAGGUCUGAUAUUAGGUGAAGAUGUCCGCGAAUGGUGUGGAAGAGGAGGUAGGGUUCCGAAUGCUUGA